AUGGCAUUGAGAACAUACAUAAAAAGAGACAAGCUACCAUCUCAAACAGUUGGGUUACCUGCCUCAUCUUGUUUUCUUUUUAUACUUUUCUUUUUCUCUUCUAUCUGUUACUUUAAAUGCAUUCUUCGUAUUUGUUGGAUGGAUGACUAUCUAUCUAUCUAUCUAUCUAUCUAUCUAUCUAUCUAUCUAUCUAUCUUCGUUCGUUUUGUCUAUUUCUAUCUAUCUAUCUAUCUAUCUAUCUAUCUAUCUAUCACAGUCUAUUUAUAUCUAUGUAUGCCUGUUCAUUAUCUAUCUAUCUAUCUAAAUCUAUCUAUCUAUCUAUCUAUCUAUCUAUCUAUAUCUAUGUAUGCCUGUUCAUUAUCUAUCUAUCUAUCUAUCUAUCUAUCUAUCUAUCUAUCUAUCUAUCUAUCUAUCUAUCUAUCAAAAUUUGUUAUCUGUUUCCAAGUUAGUCUUCGUAUCUCUGGCGUUCUUGUUCUAUCUAUCUGUCUAUGUUCUUUUUUUCAGUUUCUUUCCAUUUUAUGCCUGUUUUCUUCUUUUACUUCACUCGCAAUGACACGCACCUUCUUUCUUUUCUUCGGUCUUUUAUUCGAUCUGUCUUUCAUAUUUACUUCUUUAUCUGAGGUUCUGUUAAGCUUUUUCGUUUUCCAUUGCCUGCUUUUUUCUUUCAUCAAUCGCUUUCAAUUCUUUGUCUUUUGCCUCCUUUUUUCUUUUUUUCAAUCGCAUUCUAUUCUUUUUCUUUUGCCUCCUUUUUUCUUUCUUUCAUUCGCUUUCUAUUCCUUUUCUUUUGCCUCCUUUUUUCUUUCUUUCAAUCGCAUUCUAUUCUUUUUCUUUUGCCUCCUUUUUUCUCUAUUUUCUUCGCUUUCUAUUCCUUUUCUUUUGCCUCCUUUUUUCUUUCUUUCAAUCGCAUUCUAUUCUUUUUCUUUUGCCUCCUUUUUUCUUUCUUUCAAUCGCAUUCUAUUCUUUUUCUUUUGCCUCCUUUUUUCUUUCUUUCAAUUUCAAUUCUUUUUUCUUUAUUCUCCUUUUUUUCUUUCUUUCAAUCGCUUUCUAUUCUUUUUCUUUUGCCUCCUUUUUUCUCUCUUUCAUUCGCUUUCUAUUUUUAUUCUUUUUUCAUCAUUGCUUCUCUUUCUUUUCUUGCAUUUUUUUAGAAAUAUUAUUUUUGUUUAUUUUCCCUCCUUUUGUCUAUCUCUUUUUUGUAUGAUAUUCUUUCCUUCUUCCUUCGUUUCUUUCCACUAUUUUACAUUCGUUUACUUUCUUUUUUUAUUUCCUUUUCUAUUUCUUUUUGAUUUUUCUCGUCCAUUGAACUUUUUUUUUUUUAUAUUUCCGUUCGUUUUUUAUAAUCUUUUUGCAUUCUUUCCUUCAUUUUCUAUUUUUCACUUUCUUUCUGCCAUUUUUUCUCAUCCGGGCUUUUUUCUUUCUUUUUUGCAUUCUUUUCUCUUGUUUUUCUUUUUUUUUUACUUUAAAUUUACCCUUUACGCAUUUUCUUUCUUUUUUAUUAUUUUCCUCUUUUUCGUUCAUCUAUCUUUACGAUUUUUCUUUCUGUUUUUCACUUUAUUUUUCUUUCUUUCUUUCUUUCUUUUUACUGUAUUUGAACUUUUUCCAUUUUUUUCUCUUUACACGUUUUCUUUUUUCUUUCUUUAUUUCGUUUUUCUUACUUUUCCAUCAUUUUUUUCUUUCCCUGUUUCUUUCCUUUAUUUAUCGCUUUCUUUCUCCAUUUUUCUUAUUUUUAUCUAUCUUCUUGCGUUUUACUUUCGUCUAUUUAUCUUUUUCACUUUCUUUUCUUUCUUUCCAACGUAA